AGGGAACUCCUUCCAAGAAAGUUUGUAACGGAAUCAGGCUGCUUUCAGCAAUCCCACUAUCUAAGUGGGAUGGAAAAAUAGCUGCACAAAAAAAUUUUGUGCUUUGCUUUCUCUGUGGCGGUAUGAAGUUUACCAAAUGGUUGUUGUUCUGUGUAAUUCAAAAGCUUGCGCGAUCCUGGCUAUCUUAAUUAGCUGCUAGGACAUAACCGAUAUCCCUGUAAAAUUGGUGGUAAUAUUAUUCAGAUUGGUCUUCUUUCUUCAUUUAUUAUUAACUGUAUUUUUAUCCUGCUUUUCACACAAUUAUUGCUAAACGUAACAAUGACAAUACAUAUAAACAGUUGAAGCAAACGAUUCAGUUUCGUGUUUCUAGACCCACGCUUUCCCUUCGGACUGUGCCACUGCGCGUGCGUCAACUAUUGGUUUUCUGGCAUCGUAGCCAAACUUCCGGUCGAGGAAGAAGCGGAAGUGAGUCGUGUAACCCAACAGGGCGCUGCGUCUCUAUGGUGGUUCUUCGGCCAUCGCUAUGAAGAUCACGCGGCAGAAGCACGCCAAGAAGAACAUGGGCUUCUACAAGUACAAUUUCGGCUUCCGGGAGCCUUUCCAGGUGCUGCUGGAUGGCACCUUCUGCCAGGCCGCGCUGCGCCACAAAAUCCAGAUCCGCGAGCAGCUGCCGGGUUACCUGGCCGGGACCACGCAGCUUUGCACGACGCGAUGUGUCCUAAAAGAACUGGAAUCCUUAGGAAAGGAGUUGUAUGGUGCAAAACUAAUUGCACAGCGAUUUCAAGUUCGCAAUUGUUCUCACUUUAAAAAUCCAGUGAGCGGCUCAGUCUGCUUGUUGUCUAUGAUCGAGGGUGGGAAUCCACACCAUUACUUCAUUGCUACACAGGACCAAAGUCUGGCAACAAAAGUAAAGAAAAAGGUUGGAGUUCCUCUUCUCUUCAUAAUUCAGAACACUAUGGUUCUUGACAAACCUUCUAUGAAAUCUUUGACCUUGGCGCAAGCAGUGCAAACAAAUCAACUUGUUCCAGAGCACCAGAAACUAAACAUUGAACUUCUCAAAGAGGAACAGGGUCUAGUGAAGACCUCGGAGCCUAAAAAAAGGAAGCGAAAAAGGUCCAGUGGCCCUAAUCCUCUCAGCUGCCUGAAGAAAAAGAAAAAAGCACAAGAGACCUUGCAGCCUUCAGCAGCUAAGAAAAAAAGGAAUAAGAAGCGUAGGAAAAGGAAACCGGAAGCUAUAGUAGAGGCUGCGCAGUGAGGAUCACAGAACAUGGAAGCAUAAAAUGAUCCAAGAAAAUUGGUGGGCUUGGCUAUGCCACAAACUUUGGAUAAAGACAAUGUCUGCUACUGAAGCAGUGUGAUAAUAAAUCUUUACAUUUCAUUA